UGAUUACAGUUCAUUAAUCUGUUCAUGAGUAGUUUAAAAUGUAUCUCAUAAUAAGUAGUACUAAAGUAAUUUUAAUAAAAAGUACUCGUAGAUAAUUUGUAAUCAAACGUUUUAAAGAAGGAAAACCCGAAUAGACGCUCACUGUUGUUGAAUCCAGUUCUUACUCACAUGCGGUUUAUGUGUCAUGUAUAGGUCACGUAGCUGUUUGGUUGUGCUUUAAUCUUAUCAGAGUUCAAACGAAACACGAUUGAAACCAAUUCCUAAAGAAAUGAAGUGACUGUGAUAGUUUUUAAAAUGGCAUUACUGUAUCGCUGGAUUGUCAUCUUCAUAAUUAGUUUAGUUGAAGCCAGCCCAAUUUGUACCAAUAUAAGUUUUGAUCAAGUUACAUGUGUUCCUGGAAAUUACAGUCAAGUUGUGCUAAGAAAAGGCUUUGUAUCCGACAAUAAUUUAACCAAAUUAAUAAGUCUAAGCAGUUGCAGGAUAAGUGAUGUUCAUUUUGAGUCAUUCGAUGGUGUCCCUGGGCUAUUAGAACUAGAUCUGUCUCAAAAUAUGAUUACUUAUCUACAGCUCGGUGUGCUAGAUGAGUUCAAACAGCUAACGCAUUUGAAUCUCUCGUUUAAUUACAUAAGAAAUUUCCCCCUUGGAUUAUUCGACCAGAAACCAAACCUGAUAAGUCUAGACUUAGGUUCUAAUAAAUUACAAACUUUGGAACUCGGAAUAUUUGAUCCAUUAACGAAAUUAGAGUAUUUAGAUAUUUCUUGGAAUUCUUUAAUAGGGUUAGAUAUUAGCCCAUACAUAUUUGAUAUAAACAGACGAAUCAAAACAUUGAAAUUAUCAGGGAACAAUAUGAAUGAAGCCAAGGAAAACUUAUUGCAUUCUUUGACAAUGUUACAAGUGCUUGCAUUAGAAGAUUGUAAAUUUGAUGUUUUUCCACCUUUUGCAUUGAAGGGAAGCAUGAAAAAGUUGCUGAGAUUGGAUUUAAGUUUAAAUAAAAUUCGUGAAAUUAAUAACGAUUUAUCCUUUGAUAAUCUUACAAGUUUAAUUUCUCUACAUUUGACGUCGAAUGAUAUCAGUGAUAUUGGGGAAAACGUAUUCAAGCCUUUGAAAAAGAUUAAGGUGUUAGUAUUUCGCAAUAAUCGAAUAAAAUAUAUACCAGACACCCUAUUUCAGAAUAUUCCAGUUACUUUUAUUGAUUUGGCCAACAAUAUAAUAGAAUACAUACCUGUGAACGCAUUCAGAGGUUCUAAAUUAAGGAAUUUUAAUAUUGCAAGCAACAGGAUUACUUAUUUGCAAGAUAACUUUUGUUUAGAAUUAAGGAAUUCUGGAGCCGCAUUGACGAAAUUUUAUUUUAAUGAUAAUCCCUGGCAAUGUGCGUGUUUAAGAGAUGUACUUAAUGAAGUCAAAAAGUUUGGAGUUACCUAUAAUGAUAAAAAAUAUGAUGGCAAGCAUCCGGUGUGUGUGGUACCUGAUGAUUUUGUAUGUCAUCGUCAUUUGCAAUACAAUGAAAACGUUUAUAAAGUAUUUGAUAGUAGAUAAGUUGUAAAAUAUUUGGGGUAUAACUAAAUAUUAAAAUCUUAUUUAAUAAAUUGUUAACCACGCCACCUAGUGUUUAAUUUAGGUAUUACUUGUGUCUAAUUUGCAAUACUUUUCGUUACCUCUCAAUGUAUAGUUGAUACUUAGUGCAGUGGAUAGGUGGCGCUUGUCAUGUUUUAAAUUUAUCCAAGCAAAUAUUUAAUCGUGAAAAGAGAAUGGGUUUUAAAUAAUAAUUUUAUUAAUAAUGUUAUUAAUAAUUAAUUCCACAAUGUAACGAUGCACUAAUAAUUAACGAUUUUUUAGGCACAGUAGGAUUUGUCAUUUAAGAAAUACUCAUUUUUUCUCUAUUGUUUGACGUCAUUCAUUAAAAAUGAUAGUAGUAGUGUAGUGUAGACACAGUUUCCGCACUUAGACGCCCAUUUUGUGCGUUUUGUAUAAAGUUCUGGCUAAUUAAGCCAGCCAACUCCAUCCAGAAGUAAAAAGAUUUGUAAAGUUAAUUUAUUUACGGAAGGAAGGAAAUAAACAAGGGUAUGCAAUAAGUGAAAUUUAUAGAAAAUAACAAAGGUUUUGGUGAAAAUAUGCCUAAUAUAUUAAUAAGGUACAAAACUAUACAUUGUAACAUUAUAAUUGCAAAAGUAAAUGGACCGAUAUUAAUUAAUGAGAAUAUGUCUGUCGCAGACAACUAGCUUAAUUAGGCGUUCAAUUAACAGCCUAGCCUCUUUUCUAAACAACGUCGUUUAACUAGCAGCGUGAACGAUAUUCAGCCAUUUGACUAGGCAAAUAUUAAAGAACUUUAAUCGAUGACGUUUUAUUACUUGCCGUGCUUGUUCAUUUCAAUUUAGUUCCAACUUCAACCACCUAAGUCUGAAACUUUCCAAACUGUCAAUUUGGCGUCGCUCCUGAUUUCCAAAGAACAGUAAUGUUAACAUUUUAAAGAAAGAACAAUAAAACAUUUUAUUGUCACAUGUUUUAUUGUUUAUUUUUCUGUCACAUCCUAUCGUACGAGCCUGUUUAUUAAAUGUUAUAACAAAGGCUACGGCUGAAUAUCAUUCAGGCCGCUAGUUAAACGGCGCUGUUUAGUAAAGGGGGCAAAGCUGAUGAUUGAACAGCUAAUUGAGCUAGAUGGCUGCGACAUUUCCAUAGACAAGCGACAGACAAAACAUAUUUUCUACUAUUAAUAUAUCUUCUUGUUAUUACGAAAUAAAACUUAUGCUUAUGCGAAUUCAGUGCAUUUCAGUAACCGUGGUCAGUGUGAGACUCCAAACGUCGAGUCAUGUAAAUAAUGUAAUUUCAUUGUAUGCCCGUCUCACCUCCCUCGGACAAGUAAAAAAGCUGUGGUAGCCACAGAGCAGGCGGAAAAUAAUAAAAGGCUCAUAUAUAAGAGUGUUUCCUCCAACUUCGAUUUGUUCCCUUUGGAAUAGAAACUCUUGGGACUGUGGAGUACACGGGAGCUAAUUAAAGAUUUAAGUUGGUGCCUGGUAGAUAGUACCGGUGAUCCCAGAGCUGGUGGCUUUCCUCGCUUUAACGAAUAA